GACAGUUGGUCCCGAAGAUGAGGAGGUACUUGUACCUCCUCCCAUGGGAAACAUAGGUCUCAGACACUCCCAAGACAGGGAGCCGAGGCCGGGAAAAGACCCGGGCCGGGAGAGUACCGGCGAAUUAAGAACAACAAUCUGGGACACUUGUCCUCAUGUUAUUAUGCCGCUGGACACAUUACACGAGUACCAACAUUCAGCAGCUCCAUUUCCGCUCUGCGGAUAUUUAUUUACCGGAUUAUUUUGUGGGAAGAAUAUUACUGAAUUCAGUUUCAGUGUGAUGAUGGAGAGCAGUAACUAUCAACCAUGAAAGUCAUAUCAGAGGAUAUUGAGCGUCAGGAGGAAGAUGGCAGCAUCAGGUUUAUUCCAUCCAGUGCAAGAUUACAUGUUGGGACACAGGACAACACUAGUGAGCUUGGGGUGGCGGGUCCCAGUGGCAGUGAAAGGCAGAAACCUGGACGACUAAGGAAGAAGUUGAGUGGUCGUCCUUUCACAAGGUUUGAUGAGCCUCCUGACAACGGUGAAGCUGUAGCAGUUGACAUCAAGAUGCGUUGGCAGAAAGCUGCAGUUCAGGCAAGGACUGCAUCACGAGUAGAAAGUCAAGACUUUUUUACACGAAUUUGGCCAGAAGAACACCUGCUGCCGACACCGCUCGGCAGACAGAAGACAAAACCAACCCCAAAACAUUCUCCAGGAGUCUUACAUGGAAAAUUAGGCACAAAACCUACUGCUAAAUCUCCCAGAGAAAGAAGUGAUGGAGAAGAUCCAGAUGAUGAUGAUGGAAUAGAAAGUAAAGAGAGUGAGAAGUCAGGUUUGGUAGCCUCUCAGUUGCAGCUGGUGACUCGGACUGUUCCUGCCAAAUAUUUAUCCUACCAUGAAAGAUGUGCUAAUGAUGAAGCAGUGCUCUUUGUGCCUUCAGUGCUGCCAAGUGAUUUACACAAUAAGAUUGAUGCCGGUACUGAGCUAAGGAAUCUUGAGGAGGAAGGUCUUUAUGUUGGUGAAAAACCUUUCAUCAAACAAACUAAUAUAAACAUUAUUGAAAAUAGGCUUCUUCAGCAGGGAAAUAGGAAUUGGUUCUCUGAGACAGGGUCACUGGAUAGGCUGGACAACCCUAUCAGUGAUCAGUUCUAUCAUCAUCUUCCUCUGGAUUUAGAGACUGAGGAGGAACCACUAACUGUAUUUGUUCGGCCACGUGGGAGUGAGUGUUUGCAGAGCCUGAGCCCAGAUGAUGGGGGUGUGUUGGAUGUUGAGCUUUCCCAUCUAACCUUUGCACAUCAUCCACUUUUCUCACCUGAGCAUGUCCUAGCAUCACAGCUCACUCAAGCAUACAACACCUAUGUGGAAAGGGCAGCAGCUGGUAUUACAAAAAUUCUCCGCAACAAACUGCUUGUACUCCGGCAAUCUUUAGCAAAACUUCGUCAGAUUAGGCCAGAUUCCAAAAGGCAUUAUAAGACUGUUCAUGAAGAGAUAGACUCUACCAGGAGACUAGAAAUUUACCGCAAAGAAAUUCAUGAUUGUUAUGAAGAAUUUGUUGCUGAAGCUGAACGUGACAGAAUCUUACUAGCAAACAUUCUCAAAAUAUGGAAAAGCAUUAAGCAUCUGAGAAGAAGUAAUAAAUAUUAUAGUACUUCAUUAAAAUUGAUCAUCAAAAAGGAAGAUGUCAAUAAGGAAGAUGAAGAAGAGAAAAGGAAAGAAGAAUUAGAGGAAGAGGUAAAAGAAUUACUUGAAGAGUAUGAAGAGGAGUAUACAAAGAAGAUGAAGAAAUAUGAAAGGAAGAUGACUGAAUGGAAAGCUGCUCAUAAAAAAAGAAAAGAAGCUAAGAAACGUCAGCAACAACGACAGAAGUCUGCACUCAGUGAGAAUUUAGAAGGCUUUCUACUUCAAGCUGCUCAGGAUGAGACCAUACUGUCAAGUCCAGAAAUAUCCAAGCCUCAGCCUCCCAGACCUGUAGACAAACAUAAGGUGCAGUUAGAAGUUCUUGAAGUGUUUUCACGCACACGAAGGCCCCCAGGGGAGCCAAUCAUACAGUUAGAGCUUUCUCAGUCAUCAUCAGUAAUGGAAAACAACAUUUGCCCUGAACAAGAGAGGCGUCGGAGAGAGGCAGCUAGCAAGGUCCGAGUUUGGGUGAAGGUUCUCAUAAACAACAAAUUAGUAACUCAGACACCAUCAGCAAAUUUUGGAAAUGACUUCACUCUUCACAUUGGUCAGACUUACAGAAUGGCUCUUUCUUCAUGGCCUCGUAGUAUUGUGCUGCAAGUCAUGGAGGGAGCAAGUCUGAGACAGACUCUUGUGGCUUCAACGUUCCUUCCGGUUCCCAGCAAAACAAAUAUCUGCAAAGACAUCUUUGACAGUAUUCAUUUCAGUGGUAAUCAGGUAGUGAGCUACAAGCAUGAAGGAGUUGGAUGUGGUCUUCCAGAAUCUGAAUAUGGUCACCAUCUUACGUGUGGAGUGGUGCAUUACCGUCUUGGUUGGGCACUUGGAGAAGAGGGGGAAAUUUUAGCACCUACAGGGCCUCCGCCAUCAACUGUAUCCACCCACUCACCUCUAAAAUCUCACCUCCAUCCAAGAGCCAACCCAGCAGUUGUUAAAAAGUGGCUAGAGAAUGCUCGCAUUGAUCCGAACGACCCAAGCAAUGCUGCUCUGGUGAAUCAUCUACAGAAAGCUGCUUCUGGCAAGUCAAAACCAACCACUUACUUUGAGAUUGAUAGCUAUGAGGGAGACUUUUGCACAGAAGCUGAUCUAGAUGCCAGCGUACGGCUACGGGUCCUUCAGCUACGAGCUGAAGAUGUGCCUGAAUUUAGGCGCCUUAAGCUUGUUCCUGCCAUUGAAUCAGAAGUCCUGCGUAAGACUUUAGAAAAAUAUGAAAAUAAAAUGGCAGUGGGAACUGAAACAGGAGAAGUCAAAGAAUCAAAAAGCCAUUACUUGUGGGAGUUAGAUGAGCGGUGGGAGCGAGUGGAGAAGCUGCUGGCAUCACUGCGUCGACACAUGCUGCAGCGCUAUGCUCAAGCAAGCUCUGCACCAAAACUGGAGGAUCUAGUGCGAGAGGAGAGCAUACCCGACAUAGGAAGCCUUGGGACAUCAUUACUGUCAGUGUUCAAAGCACGACGACCACUGAAACCAGAGAGAAAAAAGAGGCAUCAAGUACGUGGUGUGGCCUUAGGAGACCAGAAUGUGCAACUCAUUGUACAUGUUGCUCGAGCCUUCCAUGUUCCUGUACGUUGUGAGUCAUCUCGCAGUAAUGCUGUACAGCAAGGUCAUUCAGUGGAUGUGAUACAAGGAAAUAGUUUAGUUCGUCCCUAUGUAGAAGCAACAUUUCAGAGGUCAGUUUUGCGCACUAGUGUUGCUGAAGGUCCCAACCCCACUUGGAACCAGCAGUUGUCAUUCCCAUUUAAGGCUCCAAAUGAUAACUUUUCACCAAGCAGUCUACAGACAGUGACAGACAAUGUUUAUCUUCAUCUGUUUGAUGAGGUUAUUCAUGAUCUGUUAGAAGAUGAUCGCUUGAGGGACUCAACAAUUUAUCACCGCAUAGAGAAGCGUUGGCUAGGCUCCCUCAAAAUUCCUUUCUCCACAAUAUAUUGUAAUGCUAAGAUUGAGGGAACCUUUUCCUUGGAGGAACCUGUGGUGCUUCUGGGAUACAGCAGAGAGUCUCCCCCAUCAGUCAACCUGGGUAUAUCUAAACCUAAAGGAGAACCUAACAGGUCUGCUACUCACCUGUCCAUCUACAUCACUCUGGAGCCUACUCUGCCUCCUCCAGAGCCUCUAAAGGCACAAUUUGAAUCAAGUGAGCCAGAGGAGGUGUUGUCAGCAGGCAGUGACUGGGUUGCUACUCUGUCAUCUCGUUAUUCAAAUCGCAACUUUCGAACUCAUGUCUUAGAUCUCUCAGGAAAGUUAGUGUGUCUGAAUCGGUUCAUCCGCCCACUCAAGCCACCAGAAGAACUGAUUGAUGAAAACUUAGUUGAAACUGCACAUCGUGUGGCAUGGUAUGUCUCCCUGAUACCAGCCCUUGCAGAUAUGACCCUUUUCCCAGGAGCUUGUGACAUAUGGGCCAAUUCUGAGCAAUUUUUGUCUAUGUUGACUGGAGAUGAAGAGGAGCAUGCAGUCUUGCUGACAAACUUCUUCCUUCACCUUGGCAAAACAGCUUUCCUUCUUUUAGGGAGUGGAAUUCCUGAGGGUGAGACAUGCUAUGUACUGACCCAUGAAGAUAAUGACAUGUGGCUGGUAUGGAAUGCCUCAACAGCUCAAUGCUUUGGUGCCAGAGAUGCCUUCAGUCCUCUCAGUGCUGUUUAUAUGCUUGUUAAUCAGGACAAUAUAUGGGCUAAUGUUCAGAAAUAUGAUGAUCCUCCUCGAGUUCAUUUUGAUGUUCAAGGAUCUGGUUGGCGACCUUUCUUCUCUCGUUCACAGCCAGAUCCAGGGUUACCAAGUGUUCAGCCCCAGCAACUUAUGUUUCCUGAUGUGGACACAAAGCAAAUUGACCAGCUGAAAGAAAGACUUGAGAUAACACUACGAGAUGCCAUCAUGAAGUGGCGGAGCACUCAAAGGACACCAUGGAACCGGCACGCCAUCUCAGUUUUACGAAAAUUGGUUCGUGGAUUAGAGGAACCUCGUGCAACUGGUAAAGUUACUUCACCAGAUCUAACACAGUUAGCUACAAUUAUGACAUCCCACAAGGUAUGUGGAGUGUGUGUUCAUCAGGGGUACAGCAGUAUAGCCAGUGUAGUAGAAGCAGUACACAGUACUGGGGUUCACUUAACACAGGCACCAGAUACUGAAUUUGCUCUUGCUCUUCACCUCAAACUCUACCCAGCAUUUAUUAUAUCUGUCUGGGUGUAUGUUGCAUCACUUGUCAAGAGGGUGUGAGCUGUUCAGAAAUACAGCAGGAUUAUCACUGUAAAGGUAAAGACUUAGAUACAGACAGUUAAAUGUUGUCCUACUUUUAUUAGCUUAAAUUCUGUUUUUCAUCCAGAAUUGAAUUUUCUUUGACCAGUGUAUUCAUCUACAAUAUGAAUAUUGUUUCAAUGUUUUUUUUAACACACCAGCCAUUUUCCACCAAGGCAGGGGUGACCCCUAAAGAUGUAUUUUCAUUUAUUGAUUUUAAUUGUCUCCUCAAGGAAGGUUCCUUGACACUUGUAAGGGGCUCUUGAUCCAAGGAAUUCGACCUACCCUCCCUUUGAUCAACUUUGUCUCCCAUUUUCCCUGGCACUGCCCUACUCCUAUAUAGGUUUAUUGCUUCCCCAGUGAAUGUAAUAAAGUAAUGAAUACAGUUAUAUCCUAAGCAAUUUGUCUUGUAUCCAUUAGUAAUUUUUCUUAACUUUUUUGUUAUUCAUUUUUUAUCUAUUGUGUAAAAGGCAACACUUCUUCACCAAAAAUUGCACUGAAGAGGAUGUUGGGGUGACAUUCUGGUACAUCUUAGACCACUGUUAAAUUACAACUAAGAAGUAGGGAAGAUCAGAAGACAGAAUGGGAGAAGGAAGAAAGUAGAGUAGGAGCAUGGGAAUAGUACCAGUAGUAGCAGUGGUGGUAGUAGAAAUAGUAGUAGUGGUGGUGGUAGUAGAAAUAGUAGGUGGUGGUGGUGGUAGAAAUAGUAGUAGUAGUGGUGGUGGUGGUAGAAAUAGUAGUAGUAGUAGUGCAGCAGUGGUAGUAGAAAUUGUAGCAGUGCAGUAGUAGUAGUAGUCAUAAGGAAGUAGCAGUGGUAAUGGUAAAACAAUUGGUAGAAUAGCAGAAAGAGUAGUACUUGUAAAAAAAAAAAAAAAACUAUUAACAGUGGUAGAAGUGGUAGUGUAAAAGAACAAGAAAACAAAGGAGCACUAAAGGAGUGCUACUGGUCCAUGGGCUUAGGGCAAAAUCCAUGGGACAAGACCCCUACAGGGAAAAACCCAGACACAGAAGACAGGAGAGGCAAAGGAAAAAGAUAAUGCAAAAGACAAAUGAAAUGGAAGGAGAGGUGGCAAAUUAUUAUUAUAAUCAAGGGGGAAGGGCUAAACCCGGAGGAUUAUACAGCGCCUGGGGGGGGGGGAUGUGGAAGGCAUUCAGGCUUAAUUCGGGGAACUGGAGCACAGAUCCAAUUCCCUAAAUCAAGAGCCCCUCACCAACAUCAAGGAACCUUCCUUGAGGGGAAGAGGUGGCAAAGGUUAGCUAAGUCACCAGUGUUUUCAAGUUGUUAGACCAUUUGACAAAGUAAUGGGAAAGGCAGGCAUCUACAGAAACAAAAUCAGAACGAAGAUUCAUAUUAGUUGUGUAUAAGAGCUACUUCAACAAGACUGCAUUUUUGAUGGUUAGAAUAAAGGUAGUUUUAGUGGAGGGCCAUUUAAUAGGAUGGCUGUGAUCUCUGACAUGAUAGACAGUGGCAUUGUUGUUGUUGUAAAGGUAAACAUAUCUUUUCUGCUCUUUAAGUCUGUCUGAAAGAGAGCAGCCAGUUUUACCAAGUAUUGGAGAGGACGGGAAGAGCAGUUGAUGGAGUAGACACCAGCAAUAUCAGUGAUAGGAGAAGUAUGAGCAAAGUUGGUGUGAAGGGUAUUAGUCUGAUGAAGAGAGAGCUUAGUAGCUACAGGAUGGAAGGUGUUUUUAAAGUUUUGAAUACUGAAGAUGUAGAAAAGGCAAAGAAUAGAUUUCACAGGAGAAGUAGGUGUGGUAGAGAGGAAAGUUCAUUUAGCAUGAAAGUAGGCAGAGUUUAUGAAAUCAUAAGGACAACCAAGGCAAGAGAACAACUGUGGAGAGUGGAAAUUUCAAUGUCAAGAAAUUAAGGGUUACAGAUGCAGAGGGCAUGAAGGGUAAGAGAAACAAGAACAUUUUUCUUGACAGAAAGAGGAUGUUUAAAAUAGCAAAUGUACAUCCCACUUGCCGUAGAUGGAAAAAGUCAGUCAUAGAGCAGUGGACAGAACAUCAAGGAAAGGAAGCAGAGUAACUAGUUAGUCCUAUUUAGUUUUGAUAAAGGGGCAAGAUUGUGAAGGGCACUAAGAAAAGAUUGGAAGAGAUUAGAGUUAAGUGGCCAUAGAGCAAAUGUAUCAUUUACAUAGCAAAGCCAGAGAGGACGUACCCCAGUAGUAGGAAGUAGGACUGUUUCGAAAUAUUCCACAUAAAGGUUAGCAAGGACAGGGAAUAGAGGAAAGCUUAUAUAGCAAUGCCAAAAGUUUGAGAAUAGAAUUUACCUUGACAGGAAAAAGAAUGAGAGUUUAUAUAGAUAUUUCAAUGAAUAUCAGGAAAUAAUGAUUUUUUUUUUUUCAACAAGUCGGCCGUCUCCCACCGAGGCAGGGUGACCCAAAAAAGAAAGAAAAUCCCCAAAAAGAAAAUACUUUCAUCAUCAUUCAACACUUUCACCACACUCACACAUUAUCACUGUUUUUGCAGAGGUGCUCAGAAUACAACAGUUUAGAAGCAUACACAUAUAAAGAUACACAACAUAUCCCUCCAAACUGCCAAUAUCCCAAACCCCUCCUUUAAAGUGCAGGCAUUGUACUUCCCAUUUCCAGGACUCAAGUCCGACUAUAUGAAAAUAACCGGUUUCCCUGAAUCCCUUCACUAAAUAUUACCCUGCUCACACUCCAACAGAUCGUCAGGUCCCAAGUACCAUUCGUCUCCAUUCACUCCUAUCUAACACGCUCAUGCACGCUUGCUGGAAGUCCAAGCCCCUUGCCCACAAAACCUCCUUUACCCCCUCUCUCCAACCCUUAUAAUAACCGUAUAAUAAUGAUAAAAGUAUUUUAAUUAUCCCAAAGCAUCAUUUAACACUAUAGGUAUGGGCAUUUCCAAGUAUCAAAAGUCAUACCUGAAAUUUCUAGUGAAUCCAUUAUAAUAAGCAUAAUACACAAAAUCUAGAGUAUAUUAAAAAAUGAAAAGCAGUUUUUAUCUUAAAUAAUUUAUUUUACAAAUUUACAAGUAUAAAAACUACCCUACUUUGUGACAAACUUGAUUCAUGUACACAAUAAUUACUUUCAUUUACACAUGUCCUAUGCAGUUCAUUCAGAAAAUAAGUUUCAUUUUAUGUAAUAGAAUAAAAUUAUGAAUUACCUUGUAAUAUAUAUACAGCCAAAAUCCAGAGUUUAGGCUAUUCUGGCUCUCUCUGAUUUACGGCAACCAAUCCAAAUUUUUAAUAGUAAAUGUACGAAUAUGUGUGUGUAUAUGUGUAUGCAUGUAUGUAUUUUCAACAUGGCCCUUUUCCCACUGAGCAUUUUAAAAAUAAAAAUGCUAGAUAUGCUUAAAGAUGGGUCACUUAUGUGGUUUACAUUUAAUAAAACAUUACGAAAGAAAGCCACUAUUAUACAAUGUAUUUUGGGCAAACUAAUAAUGUGAUGAAGAAGGCCUGUGCCUUUUAUGUAAUAAUAAUAUAAUCAGAUUAGGUGCUAAAUCUGAAAGGGUCACCUUCUCUGUAAAAGAAGCAAUAAUUCGUACAAUUAGAAAAAUAAUGAGUAAUCCAGAUUGUGAGCAGAUGAAAAGAAUCGUAAGUUAAUACAGCUAAGUAAGACAGAAAAGGAAUAUGUCGAUUGAGCAGAAGACAAAGAAAGGUGCUCCAUUUAACCCUCUCAGGGUUUUUGACGUACUAGUACGCCUAAAUUCUAGCGCCCUCAAAUCUAGUGAGAGAAAGCUGGUAGGCCUACAUAUGAAAGAAUGGGUCUAUGUGGUCAGUGUGCGCAGUAUAAAAAAAAAUCGUGCAGCACACAGUGCUUAAUGAGAAAAAAAAAAACUUUGACCAUGUUUUUGGAUUAAAACAGCGACUUUGCACUGUAUUUUUGUAUGGUAUUUAUUGUUGUAUUCUAGUUUUCCUGAUCUCAUUUUAUAGAAUGGACGAUAUAUUACAGAAAUUGAGAUGAUUUUGACUGGUUUUACAAUGAAAAGUACCUUAAAAUUGAGCUCAAAUUAGCAGAAAUGUUUGAUUUUUACCAAAGUUCAAAAGUAAACAAAUCAUGCUAAGCGUCCAAUACACGUCAACUGGUGAGUCUAAUAUUCUUUCACAAGUGCGCUGAUAUUAUUUAUACCAUUUCUACACUAAUGCAGUAGUCUGCAUAACAGUAAAUCUUCUAUUUUUUGUGAGAAUAAAAAUUCAAAGUGGAAAGCAAAAUAAUGUAAGAGGGGCAUGGGGACGUGACUAAUGAACAGAGGAAAUGUUACUUUAGUGCCAGGAAUGUCUUUCUUGUUUAUUCUGGACCCUAUUUGGAAAUUGGCAUCUUUUGAAAUUUGUGUGAAAUUGGCAAAAUUGCUAAAUUCUGACCACUGUAUUGGAUAGUUGAAAUUGGUAAAUGGGUGGUUUCUGUACUCUUUCGAUAGAAAAAAUGGAGUUCUAGCAAAAUAGCUAUGAUUUUUGUCAACUAGUACACUGGAU